AACCAAGAAGAAAAAGGAAGGUGCCUAACAACACAAGUUCACCCAACUGUCCGAGCCUGUGAGAACCCACGCCAGCGCUGACUCUGAGAACAUGGACAUCCUCGAGACAGCUGCCUAUGACAGGCGGAAGAGGAGAAAUAUGUCCUGUACCCUACUUUUCUUUCUCUUGCCUUUCUUUUUGUCCUCAGCCCUGUACUUCUACAUGUGGACUCCUGACUCGCCGGCAUCCAUCAUUGCUGCAGGUGUCAAAUCGGCACCAACCCUCCUAUUGGCUGCUGCAGUGCUGAGCUGGAAUGGAGGUCAGAGUCUCCUGGGCGUUGCGGGAGGACUGCUCUUCUCUGCGGUCGGCGACUGUUGCUUGAUAUGGCCUGAGCUUUUUGUGCACGGAAUGGGUGCAUUUGCUGUGGCUCAUCUGAUGUACUCCGUUACCUUCCUCUCCAGUCGUUAUCCAACAUAUUCUUCCACCUCCUGGACCUUUUUUCUAUAUUUGAUCAUGCUCAUGAUAGGAGGAGGUGCCUACAUGUACCUAUAUCCAUUCUUGCAGAAGGCACCAGACUCAGAUCUACUAGUUCCCGGUGUGGGGGUCUAUAUUGCCUUGAUUUCUCUAAUGGGCACAUUAGCUAUUAGAACCCGCCACACAGCAACACUGUUAGGAAGUUUGUCCUUCAUCGUGUCUGACUUGGCACUGGCUCUGCAGGUUUUCAAGGUCACACCACAACUAAAGCAUGGACACAUAAUUGUAAUGGUGACAUAUUACUUGGCACAGCUACUAAUCGCUGUUGGUGAUAUAAAAGCAGUGGAGAACAAGGAGGAUUUUGGAAAAUGGAAGAGGUCCUAACAGCAUCCCUGUGGCAUCCCUAAAAUCAGAACAAUCUUUCCCCCACUUAGCUAUCUGAUAAAAUCCUGUUAGUACCAUUGAAUUCUUCUUGAAGAUCUUGAUUUUUUUUUUUAAAGAUCCCAUCAAAUAAAGGGAAAAAAAGAAAAAUAAACUCAUCAAGGACAGUCUCCUUCUGGUGCCACUUGAUAGCGACGUUUCCAAAUUGUAUCUCAUAUUUCAGUGAUCAUACUGUCACAACAAAUAAGGCUAUUAGCAAGGCUGAAAGUAGCUUAAUCAAUAUCAGUUUAGAAUAACAUCUGUACUCUGUGAUUUGUUCCAAUAUUUAAAUCAGUGAUCUUGUGAAACAUUAAUGUUUUAGUGUAGGUCGUGCAUGUGUUGGUGAUUGUUUUCCACAUGGGAAAGGGUCAUUAUAUGUAUAUCAAUACUCCUUUUUGUUUUUGGUAAUAAUAAAUAAAUACGGUGUAAAAAAACAAAAACAAUGAUUUCCAUAAUUUUGAGUCAAAUUCUAAAAGACAACUGAAAAUAAAUGAAAGUACUUUAGUUCAGAGACUUCAGACAAAUCUAACCUUAAUUACAAUUUGAUGCACAUUGAACUGAUAUUAUGUAAAUAUUAUCAUGACAUUAUACAUACGACCUGUGAUGGAAAUGCUGGGUAUAACAUUUAAAAACGCACAGGACUGGGGUGACAGCUGACUGAAAAAAAGUAUCAGUUAUUUACAUGGUAAAAUCCAGCUCCUGGCGUACAUGCAAGAUAUGGACAGCAACUGUCGUAACAGCUGAGGACGAUGCUAAACAUCCAUGAUGACUGUGAAAAAUGUUCCGUUACAUGGGGUAAAUAACUCUUCAGCGAUCCAUCCCACUGUCAUCUGACUGCUGCCCACGGAGACACAUCAUUCUCAAACGCUCGCAGAAGUCCAAUUCUUCCUGUUGUGAACAGAAAUAUGACUUCAAACCAUGUUUUCUGUACAAGGAUUAAACCCAUUCCAAAACUA